AUGAAGAAGCGAGAACAGUCGUCGCUACUGUCACUGUCGUUUGGUUUCGUCAAGAGAACGGAAGAUGAAGCUGAAACAACAGGCCGCUUGUCCCUUGGACAGUUGGUAACAACUCCCAUGACAUGUUUUACUCGUGCGAAACAAACACUUCAAGAAAACAAUGUGCAGGCGACUCACAGAGUAGCAAUGGAAGAUUCUGCAGCAUACAUAGGCCAAAUGGAGGACGGACAUUCGUCUGUUGAGCAGCAAUUGCAAACUCAAGCUUUCGAUGUCAUUCAGAGAAACAGAGCCAUUUUGAGGAGUAUUCUCAAAGCAGUUAUAUUCUGUGGUAGGCAGAACAUUGCUCUAAGAGGUCAUUGUGAGAGCAAGCUUGCAACAGAUGAGGAGUCUAAGCAUGUAUGCAAUUCUAGGAAUUUUCAAGCACUCCUUUGGUUUGGUAUGGAUGCUGGUGAUCAAAUUCUCAGGGAGCACCUUGCAACUGCACCUAGAAAUGCGCAAUAUCAUUCUCCAACUAUCCAAAAUGAUUUAAUUGCAGCUACUAGCCAAUGGAUACAGAAAAAAAUUGUUCAGGAAGUUAAAGAAGCCAAGUUCUUUGCAGUAUGUGCAGACGAGGCUGCUGAUGCAGCCAACAAGGAACAGCUUGCACUCAUCAUUCCGUUUGUUGAUAAAUCAGGUCUUGUUCAGGAACACUUCUUGGAGUUUUUGCAUUGUGCUUCUGGCGUUAGUGGUGAGGCAAUUGCCCAGAAUAUACUGUGUGCACUGGAAAAGCACUCCCUUGAUGUCAAUAAUCUACGCGGACAAGGUUACCACGGAGCCGGGAAAAUGGCGGGAAAGUAUCAAGGAGCUGCUGCUCGCAUUCAGCGUAUUCAUCCUAAAGCAAUUUAUGUCCACUGUGCAGCUCACAUCCUCAACCUAUGUAUCGUUGCUGCUUGUAAGGUGCAGGGGAUUCGCAACAUGCAAGGCACUUUAGAUCAGAUCUACCUUUUCUUCAGUUUGUCUCCAAAACGAGAACAAGAGCUUCAGGUACAUAUAAAAGAGCUACAUGUAGAUCAAGGUCGAAGAACAAAACUGGUUAACACAUGCAAAACUCGUUGGGUUGCCAGAAUGGAAUCUUUCCAAGUUUUUAUGGAGCUGUUGCCUUCGGUAGUCACUACACUGGAAGUUGUCAGCACUGGUCAAGGUUGGAAUGCAGAGCCAUCUAGUAAAGCUGCAACUCUUCUGACUUCAAUCACGCAGUUCGAGUUUGUAAUGGCGUUAGUAGUAGCACAUGCCUGCUUUGACUUUGUGAAGGGUUUGACAGUUUCCUUGCAAGGCAGAUCCCAAGACAUCUGCUCCACCUAUGUUGAAGUUGAUAGCGUCAAGACUGCUCUGUAUGAAAAGAAGUUGACGGACGAUGGCUCUGUCGCACGUUCCGUCUGUCCUAAUGAGUCCAGAGCAUGA